AUGAAGUUCGUUCCGAGUCUACUUCUCAGCUUCCUCGCCUUUCUCGGCCACGUUGUGGCUCUUCCAGUGCCAGCCUUCGAGCCUGCGCUUGGCGACUCCAUCCAUUCGUUCGAGCAAGAACUUGCCACACUCGACACCAAGAUUCACUCCUCCGAGCAGAAGGUUGCGGCUUGGGGGAGGAAGGAAAAGUGGGCUGCGGGCGCCGUUGCUGUGCUGACGACGUUGGGUAACGCUGCCUACAUUGCCAGCGACGUCGUGCAUCUGGCGGACCACCAUCGGCAUUCGACCAAGUUGGAUGCGCUGCGGGCUGCUGUAGCUCGCGCAGAUGCUGCGGCAAGGUACGACCGUGGGAAGCUCAGCACUGAAAAAGUGGGCAAGAGGGGCGAGGAGGAGAUCGCCGAGCUGAUGUCAAACGGCGAAGAGACCUUUCAAAGCGCGCUGAGCCGCACUUCGAGCGAGCGACUGGACGACUUCACUGACAAGCAUACGCGGGACAAUUGGGCACACCUGUUUUCGACCUCCUCCUUCUCAUCGCGGGAAAGUGACCGACUCGCCGCCAUCGAAGCAGCACUCCUGCGCCAGAAAGAGCAGCAACUGGAUCAAGCCACCAUCUCGCCGUACACGAAGGCCCUCAUCGCCGCAGGCGCCGGCAACGCCAUCCUAGGAGCAACAGCGGCAGCGCUCAGCACGCAAGAUGCCUUCGAAACCCGCAGAAAGCAGGGGAAAGUGCCGGACGUGAGGAAUCUGGAUAAGAAGACCUGCGAGAGAUUUGUGGGCGUGAUCGAGGGCUUGGACUGUAGCAAGGCGAGGGGUAAGACGUUGCCAUGA